AUGGUUGACUUUUUAAAAGCGGCAAAUUCGAUAUAUCGAAUCGGCCAUAUUGAACUCGUACUCAAUAUCUACAUGUUAAAAACGAUGGGUCGUGUAAUCAGAGCCCAGAGAAAGGGUCACGGAAGUGUUUUCACUUCUCAUACGAAACAUAGGAAGGGUGCUCCAAAACUUCGUUCUUUCGAUUUUGCCGAACGUCAUGGUUACAUUAAAGGUGUAGUAAAGGAUAUUAUUCAUGAUCCAGGUCGUGGUGCUCCCAUUGCCGUAGUGCACUUUAAAGAUCCUUAUAAAUUUAAAACAAGAAAAGAGCUAUUCAUUGCUCCUGAGGGAAUGUAUACAGGGCAAUUUGUUUACUGUGGAAAGAAAGCCAAUUUGCAAAUUGGUAAUGUCUUAGCUGUGGGAUCUAUGCCCGAAGGUACUAUUAUUUGCAAUUUAGAAGAAAAAACCGGAGACCGAGGUAGAUUGGCCAGAGCUUCAGGAAAUUUUGCCACUGUUAUCGCUCACAAUCCUGACACGAAUAGAACUAGAGUUAAACUUCCAUCCGGAGCUAAGAAAGUUAUUCCCAGUAGCAACAGAGCCAUGAUAGGAAUUGUUGCUGGAGGAGGUAGAAUUGAUAAACCUGUGUUAAAAGCUGGUAGAGCAUAUUAUAAAUACAAAGCUAAAAGAAAUAGUUGGCCUAAAGUUAGAGGAGUUGCUAUGAAUCCAGUUGAACAUCCUCACGGAGGAGGUAAUCAUCAACACAUUGGUAAAGCCUCGACAGUCAAAAGAGGAACAAGUCCUGGUAGAAAGGUUGGUCUUAUUGCUGCCAGGCGAACUGGUAGAAUACGUGGUGGUAAAACGGAAAACAGAAAAGGAAAUGAUUAA